UUCAUUUUUUCCUUCGAUAAGGAAAAAAAAAAAAAAACUUAACAGUGGAGGCUGAAAGAGAAGAGAGAGGGUCCACGCAAAUCGAACAAUCCGUUUUUCUUUUGGCCAUUUUUCGAACUAUUAAUCUCUCUGCAAAAUCUAGAACUGUUAAUGUCCUCUUGAGGUUGCGGCUUGUACGAAGAAGGAGAGGAACCGAAAGAUGAUAACGCGAUCGAAUCUGGCAGAGCAAUUGCGAGAGUAUCAGAUUCGAUCGAAGCAUGAUUGGGCUUCUUUCUCCUUCUUCUCUUCCACCUCUAAUCUAACUUCUUCUAGGGUGGAUGUUGUGGUAUUUGUAAUAUGGGAACUCAUCAUUCUAGCAUUCUUGGUUUUUUCAGCAGUAUCUUUAUACUUUAGGCAUAUGCAACUGGCCUUUAUCUUAGUAUGCAUCACAUUGCUAUUACUUUUAUGCAUGAAAGUUACAAAGCAAGUGAGAUUGGCUAGGAAAAAGAAACGAAGAAUGCUUCUACCUUUGUCUAUGUAAAACUAUGCAAGUAAUAAACCUUCUUCUGAAGGGACAAGACAUCGUGUAAAUUGUGAGAAUCUUGACAGUUGCAGUGGGCUGUUUUUUCUUGUUUAUUGGAAUAUGUAAUCACACGGAAGACAAAAUUAUGAAGUUGAUGAAGAAAAUAUGAAUUCUGUUGAUCACUUCGAUGAGUGCUGCUUGGAUUGGAAUUUCAAACAUUCAAGAGCAAAAAUUGAGACGUCUUCAUUCUAUGGGGUAAUGGCCAUUGCACUAUGAUUUAGUGGGUGCAGGUGUUAAAGAUAUAAUUUCUAAUUUUGCUACGUUCUUGUAGCAUGGGUCUUGGCUUCAAUGAACUAAGUUCGAAAAUGAUGAGCUUAAUUUUUUUAUUUUCCAUCA